AUGUCCAGCCUCGCCUCCGACUCGCCGCCGCCGUCGCACGAUGCGCCGUACUCGUCGGCACAGUCGGUGCAGAUGGAGCGCCGCGACACGGGCACGUCGGACUCGGAGCCGGACAAUGCGUGGGCGGACCUUGAGGCGCGCUUCCCCUUUCUGCGCGACGACGGCGGCCUGCGCAAGCGCCCGCGCAAGCUGCUCACGUCGCGCCAGAGCAGCGUGCUGCACAAGAUCCUCGAGCGCACCCACUUUCCCUCGACCGACGAGCGCAAGGCCGUGGCCAAGGAGCUCGGCCUGUCGCCACGCAAGGUGCAAGUCUUCUUCCAGAACAAGCGCCAGAAGCACCGGCGCAUGACGCUCUCCGCCGCCAGCGAGCUCGUGGCGCUGCGCCACGGCGACGACGUGCGCCGAGCGCCGCAGGGCCGCACGCUGCCCCCCGCACGGCGCCUGUCGCCCACCCGUGCCGCCGAGCUCGGUCUGCAGCGCGGCCCCGACGUGGCGGCGAUGAACCGCCUGCGCUCCGUGUCGGACGUCGGCGCUCGCGUGCCGUCGCAGCACGUCGCUGUGCGCAUCGGCGGCCCGCAGUACUUCCACGCGCCCAAGCUCGCCUCGCAGCCCAGCGCGGCCACGCGGCAUCGCGACUCGGGCAGCGAGGUGUUCCUGCCGCCCAGCCAGCCUCGCCUACACAUCGUCGGCUACGACGUCAGAGAAGGGCGCGACCGGCCGUGGCUGCCGUCCGUGCCGUCCGAGGCGACGCUGCCGCUGACCGAGUCGCGCCUCGCCUCGCACGCCACACAGCAUGCACAGCUGGGCGGCAGCAUGCGUCGCCAGCCGGACCCCUCACGCACGCUGCCGUACCCGAGUCCGACGAGCGCCGCGCCCAGCGCCCGCAACGCCUUCCGCGACCGCUCCGACUCGGUGCUCUCGGCCGUGCGGGCGCGCCGGCACGUGAGCCACGGCAGCGUGAGCCUGUCGGCGUCGGGCGACUCGAGCUACAGCACGCGCGUCGGCAGCGGCUCCGUCGGCACGCUCGUCGACAGCUUCGACCGGCUAGAUGCAUCGGCCAGCAAGACGCCAUCCUUGGCGCCGCCGACGCGCUCGUUGCCGCCGGUAUCCCGCUCGCUGCCGCCAAUCUCCGAGCUGCUGCUCACCACGCCGCCGCCGCUGCCGCGCCAGGUGGGCAUGUCACAGUACUGCACCACCAGGGGCGCGCCGCAGCCCUCGCGCCGGCUGCCUGGUCUUGCGGAGCUGCGCUUCGCCUGA